CCGUCGUGAUGGACAAGAGCCGUCUCCUAAAGGAGAUUGCCCGGCAUCCUGCCAUCUGGGACACCCGGAUCAACUUCUCCAGCCGGCGCGUGCAAAUGCACCUCGGCUGGCUGGACGUGGCCAAGGUGAUGCAGUGCAGCGUGGACGAGUGCCGGCGCAAGUGGAACGGGCUGCGGGGCAACUAUCGCGCCGAGCUGCGUCGCCUGGGCAGAAGGCGAUGGCGCCACUUCCGGGAGAUGGAGUUCAUGCGCGACGUCUUCUUCACGCCACCUUCAUCGACCACGCAGGUGCGGCAGAUGAAGCCCGUGCCGAACUCGGAUUGCGGUCUGGCCUUCGACGUGGAGGAGAAACUAUUCCACGUGGUGGACCGCCUGGAGCCCGGCUUCGACCUCGACGAGGAGAUGGGCAGGCAAUGGUGUUCCGACCACUGGAUGUGGGACCUGGGCCUGGAGCUCUUCCUUUCCAUGGACGCGACCCUCUUUCCCAGUCCGCCAACAACACCGCAUCAUCUGCCCACCUGGAAGACAUCCACAUCAGAUAAGGACACAUUCAUUUCCAAGUCGUAACCA